AUGGAAAUUGACGCUAUCAUUAAAUGCUUAGCUAUCACUGCUAUGGCUGCCAUUAUCUACAUGCUCUAUUACCACAGACAAGCUAUGAAAAAAUUUGAAGAGCACUGGGAACCUAAAGAUCAAGAAAUUUCCACCCCUAUCCCGCAGCCGACAAAAAGACAAAAAACCGAAAAAAAUUCCCAAGAGCCUGAAAAUUUAGCAUUGCAGGGGCAUGAUUUUCUUUUUGGGACCUUGAAGCCAGCUUCAUAUGUUUCUCAACAUCAAUAUAUAAGAAUUCCAGCUCAUCAAGAAAUGUGUGUUGGGACAAGAGAUGACAUAGAAAUAGUGGAAAACGGUAAUGCACAGAAGCGAAUGAGAAAAACUGAAGCUAGAGUAGACCCAGAAGAAAAAAGGAGAAAAGCUAUGGCGAUUACAUUAGGCAAUUUAUAAUUUUUAAUUUAAUUAGCUUAAAAACACUAUUACUAGCAUGAUCUUUUUUAUAUAAAAAUAAGUAAUAUAUUAAAAAAUUAAAAUCCCCCCAUAAUUAUUAGGUAUAAAACAAAAUGCUGCUCAUUAUGACAUUAAUUUCCAUAAGAACCGAAGAGAAGCUUUUUAUGCAAAAUUAAGAGAAAUGCCAAAUAGCCCUGUCAAAAGGAUCGGAUCUCCAGAAACCAAGAAAAAAGCUAGUGAAAUUGUUCAGAUUACUGAGCAAAACCCUUAUACCACACUGCCGCCAAUGUUGAGUGGAGGAAAAGAUGGACCGCAAAAUUCAGGGAUUUUUACGAAGGAAUCCCAAAGCAGUAGCUCUCUGUUUGGGGUUAAAAAUGCGGAGCCUAUAAAGAAAACUGAAGAAAAUAAGAGCAAUGUAGCUCAAGAAAUUCCAAAACAAAGUAAUAGUCUAUUUGGGAUCAAAGAAGAAACAAAAACUGCACCAACCUCUCAAGAAACUCCACAAAAAGGGUCAUUAUUUGGAUUUUCUAAAGAACCAGCUGAAAAAGCAUCGAUUUUUGGAGGAGAAUCAGCAAAAAUUUCAAUGCCAAACCCUCCAUCUUCUUCUAGCGUGCCUCCUCAAUCUUCUUUAUUCCCUCCGACAUCUCAAAAAGCAGAAACUUCUCUAUUUUCAACUCAAAGCUCAAUGGCAUUCCCUGUUCCAGAAGUCAAAAAAGCUGACCAAAAAGCAGAGCAAGCCUCUUUAUUCAGCUCUGGAACUUCUGCAACAAUUUCUGCGCCAAAACUACCUGAAAAUCCAGAACAGAAGCCAUCUUCAUUAUUUGGAACAGCUCCAGCCUCAACAACUCCUUCUCUUUUUUCUAACUCAGUUAAAGCAGAAGAGACAAAGCAGCCUAUAACUCUAAACAAAGCUGAAGAGAAUAAGUCAAGCUUUUCAUUAUUCGGCAACACUUCGAAUGCGCCUCAGCCAGCUAAAAUCGAAAAUCCAUCUACAGGAUCUUUAUUUGGAGGAAAUACUCUUUUUGGUAACAAAGCAGAUAAAUCUGCAGGGGGAUCUUUAUUUGGAUUUUCAGCUGAAGUUAAACAAAAUGCUCCUGAUAAUAAGUCAGCUCCUCAAACAAACUUGGCAAGCCAAUCCAGCAUUUUCCCAAGCCAGACAUCAAAUCCUUCUCCUUUUCCAAACUUAGCAUCAACUUCUGCUUUUCCAAGCCAAACACCAGCACCUGCUCAUCUCGCAAACCAAAGCUCAGCAGCUGCCCAGGAGCCACAAAUAAAAAAUCCUUUAUUCGGGUCUUCAUCUCAAAAUUUAUUUGGAAAUAUCAAUCAAAUAACUCAAGGGAAGGAUUUGCAAGUGAAAUCUCCAGGAUUCGCAGGCUUUCCAUCAGCGCAGCCUCCAAGUAAUUCCAUUACCCAGCCACCUUCAAUGCCUCAAAUGCCAUCAACUGGCUCAUUAUUUGGUGCAAAAACAUCAGAGCAAGCGACAUUCCCUCCUGCACAGACUACUACACCUCCACAAAGCCAGCCACAAAGUCUAUUUGGUGCUUCAGCAGGCAAUUCUUUAUUUGGUAGUGGAGCACCAACAUUUCCUCAGGCAUCUUCUGGAGUUAGCUUGUUUGGAGCAUCAAAUAGUCUAUUUUCAAAUGCUGCUAAACUCCCUUCAAGCUUGAUUCCUCCGUCCGAUCAAAAAUCAUUAUUCGGUACUCAAAGUGCUGGAUUUAGCUCUUUAGGAAGCUUUUCAAAUCCCAAUGCAUUUAAUACAAACCCAUCUAUGACUCAAAAAUAA